AUGAUCAUCAAGGAGACGCUGAAAGAUGUGGAUAAGCCUCCAAUGGAAUAUGACAAGAAUUGGAAACUUUUUUGCACAUACCGCCGCAUCCAUAGCCACAACCUGACCAACUGUGAUGUCCUGACCGGACUGGGAAUCUCGAGUCGCCUGUCCACGGCCCAGCGCAAGAAGAAGAAGAAGAAGAAGAAGAAGAAGAAGAAGAAGAAGAAGAACGCCUUCACUGGCGCCCAGCCAGACUUGAAUACCACGCCUGGUACCUCUACCUCGGGGCAUCCCCUUGCAUUGGCUUUCAUCGGUGAGCUUCUUACCGAGGAAGAAGCCGCAUUUCAGGCUCUCUGUCUUCGACAGGAUAUACUAUCUCGGGACCUCACUGUAGGAUUAGCCGGGGUAUCUGACCUUACCAUCAAUGCAACAAGGGUUUUCUAUGUUGUACUUGGUGCAGAACUAGGCUCGUUCAUAUUGGAAUUCACAAGGUUGUCUCAGAUUACUGGUGACCCAAAAUACUUUGACGCGGCUCAACGAGUCAUGGAAUUGUUGGACAAGGAACAGGAUGCCACAAAACUCGCAGGUCUAUGGCCUGUCUCCGUGAAUGCCAAAGAACGGCAUUUCGACGAUGAUAUCUUCACAUUGGGCGCCGAAGCAAGCUCCUUGUACAAGUCGUUACCCCGGGCAUACGCUUUGCUAGGAGGCCAAGUGCCCAUGUAUCGCAAGAUGUAUGAGAAUGCUACGUUAACAGCCGCAGGCCACAAUUUAUUUCGACCAAUGAACACCGAGGGCAAGGACGUGCUCCUUUCUGGAACUGUUCGAGUGGCUAUUACAGAGAGUGGGAAAUCGCAAACAUACCUAGAGUCACAAAUGCAGUACCAAUCUUGUUUUGCGGGGGGCAUGUUUGCUCUAGGAGGCGCACUACUCAACAUCCCCAGCCACCAAGAAAUCGCGCAUAAAUUAGUCGAUGGAUGCAUUUGGGCUCACCAGGUCGUACCUCUGGGAAUUAUGCCCGAAGCAUUUGAUGUGGUUCCAUGUGCGUCGCAGACCAACUGCCCUUGGAGCGAGUGGCUUUGGAAGCAAGAGGUCUGGAAAAAAGCGAAUAGCCUCGAGCCAGAACCAAAUCCAGAUCUUAACGUCGAUACUUUCAUCAAAGACCACCGUCUGCCCAAAGGGUUCCUGAGAAUCUCGGACACUUCCUACAACUUGCGCCCGGAAGCGAUCGAGAGCAUGUUUACUCUUUACCGCAUCAGUGGAUGUGAGGAUCUACUCGAUGCAGCUUGGGAUAUGUUCCAAGCAAUGCAAAUCGCGACAAAGACGAAGAAUGGCAACGCCGCUAUCGUUGCUGUCACGGAUGAGGGCAGUGAACUGACUCUCAAAGACUCGAUGGACAGUAUGUGGAUGUCGCAGACACUUAAACAUUUCUAUCUCAUGUUCAGCUCCCCAGACCUAAUCAGUUUGGAUGAUUUUGUUUUCAAUGCUGGAGGGCACCCGCUGAAACGCCCCAAUGCAUCAUGA